GUGGGAUCCACAGGGAGACAAAGAAGAUAUUUGAAGAGGUGGAAAAAGAGCCUGAUUCAUUUGCUGUGCUGGAACUCUCAGGAGCAUGGGGCUCACAGACACUGUGAGGGGCAGCUAAGGAGCACUGGGAGAAGAUUAUGAAGCAAAUGAGAUGUUUGUGGGCAACAAUUCAAGAAAACCAAAGAAAUUUAAAUGAGGAAAGCAGGAAAACCAACCAGUGGAUUAGCCCACAGAGUAGCUUUGCAACUGGCUUUGGGGACUUCCGAAAGCUACCAGCACUGCACUGUGAGACACUCAUCCCUGAGCUGAAUUCAUCUGAUUCGACACCAAGCUUCGGUGAGAACAUAGAUAUAUUUCUGAGGAAAAUGGACUCAGACUUCUCACAUGCCUUCCAGAACGAACUCGCCUGUGUCAUCUGUUUGAACUACCUGGUAGACCCUGUCACCAUCUGCUGUGGGCACAGCUUCUGUAGGCCCUGUCUCUGCCUUUCCUGGGAGGAAGCCCAAAGUCCUGCCAACUGCCCUGCAUGCAGGGAACCAUCACAGAAAAAGGACUUCAAAACCAAUAUUCUUCUGAAGAAUUUAGUGACCAUUGCCAGAAAAGCCAGUCUCUGGCAAUUCCUGAGCUCUGAGAAACAAAUAUGUGGGACCCAUAGGCAAAGAAAGAAGAUGUUCUGUGACAUGGACAAGAGUCUCCUCUGCCUGCUGUGCUCCAACUCUCAGGAGCACGGGGCUCACAAACACUAUCUCAUUGAAGAGGCAGCUGAGGAACACCGGGAGAAACUCUUAAAACAAAUGAGGAUUUUAUGGAAAAAGAUUCAAGAAAAUCGGAGAAAUCUACAUGAGGAGAGAAGAACAGCCUUCCUCUGGAGGGGCGAUGUGGUUUUACGGGCACGGAUGAUCAGGAAUGAGUAUAGGAAGCUGCAUCCAGUUCUCCAUAAGGAAGAAAAACAACAUUUAGAGAGACUGAACAAGGAACACCAAGAUAUUUUUCAGCAACUCCAGAGAAGUUGGGUCAAAAUGGAUCAAAAGAGAAAACACUUGAAAGAAAUGUAUCAGGAACUAAUGGAAAUGUGUCAUAAACCAGAUGUGGAACUGCUCCAGGAUUUGGGAGACAUCGUGGCAAGGAGUGAGUCUGCGCUGCUGCACAUGCCCCAGCCUGUGAAUCCAGAGCUCACUGCAGGGCCCAUCACUGGACUGGUGUACAGGUUCAACCGCUUCCGAGUGGAAAUUUCCUUCCAUUGUGAAGUAACCAGUCACAAUAUCAGGCUCUUUGAGGACGUGAGAAGUUGGAUGUUCAGAGGUGGAUCUUUGAAUUCUGACAGAUCUGACUAUUUUGCUGCAUGGGGAUCCAGAGUCUUCUCCUUUGGGAAACACUACUGGGAGCUGGAUGUGGACAACUCUUGUGACUGGGCUCUGGGAGUCUGUAACGACUCCUGGAUAACGAGGAAUAGCACAAUGGUUGAAUCUGAGGACAUACUUCUUCUUUUGUGUAUGAAGGUGGAUAAUCAUUUCCGUCUCUUGACCACCUUCCCAGUGUUUCCUGUCUAUAUAGAGAAACCUCUGGGCCAGGUUGGUGUGUUUCUUGAUUUUGAAAGUGGAAGUGUGAGUUUUUUGAAUGUCGCCAAGAGUUCCCUCAUAUGGAGUUAUCCGGCUGGCUCCUUAAAUUUUCCUGUCAGGCCUUUCUUUUACACUGUCCACAGAUGAUCAGGAUUAAGAAAACUCACUGUUUGGGAACUCCAUAUACCAGGGAGCCCGUCACUGUUGAUACAAAGAAAUCAUACUGUUCAAAAAAAAAAAAAAAAAUCAUACUGUUCAGGCUUUUUUUUACUUUAGUGUCACUUCAUCUUAUUGCUAUUAAAUAGAAAAUUUGUCAAAUGCAAAACUUUUUGUACAUUUUCUUACAAUUAAAAUAAUCUCUUAAGAGAGUAUUUUAAUUGUAAGAAAAUACUUAUUGUGAUUUUCAAGUGUUUGUGAAUUUAUUGGAUGGAAUUCUAGAAAUAUGUGGGUGUGUGAUUCCAACUUAAUGAUCCCAUUCAGGAACAAAUUUUGCACACCAUGGACAGACGGGGUUUUGUACAAUGCACUUGUAAGUGUGGGGGUUCCCUCCUAUUAAUACAGUAAAUUCUACACCUCAUCA